AUGGGAGCUACACUUUCCAUUAAUAGGAAAGAUCUGCUUCACGAGUAUUCCAUAUGGAAUAUGAAAGCUCGCGAGAGUGGCAAGUCCUACCAUUGUAAGUGUUGUUAUCAUGUCAACAGCGACAUUCACAGUAAAGAGAACAAGGUGCCUCAAACGACCUGCGAUGCCGUUGCUGCAUACCUCCACAAAUGCGCCAAUGUGGGCAAGAAGAAGAUGAAAUCGAAGAUCGAACCAGCACCUUCUAAAUCAAGCAAGAUUAAGGAAACUGAAACUCAGAAAUGCGAUCCAGCUCCGCCGCUUCUCGCUCCAACCCAAGAGGUUAAGCUGCCAAUCAAGACAACAGAGUCCAAGCAAGUUGUCAGCCAAGGUGUUGAUAUUCCUCUAGCGAAUCCUAAACUACCGAUUUCUCAGUCGUUUAUGAUCACUAGCGACGCUCUUCGCUGCUUGGGGAAUUUCGUCCGCUGCCAUUGUAAGAAUCUAACGCGCUUCCGUGCAUCGGAGGUAAUUUUAUGGCUACGAGGAGUUGACAGGGCGUUACUACUACAAGGCUGGCAAGAUCAAGCUUUCUUGACACCACCCAAUCUUGUGUUCUUAUUUAUGCUGCUUAAGGAAACUCUGUCGGAUAAAAUCCCGAAUCCAGCCCAGUUACGUGCUGAAAUUUUAACAUGCCUGUACAUGGCUUACACUUACAACGGCCCCGAAAUAAGCUAUCCUUUAAAACCUUUCCUUGUGGAUGGAGACAGAAGAGCUUUCUGGGACCGGUGUAUGGUUAUAACAAACAACCUUAGCGAAAAAAUGCUUCAAAUGAACAGAGAGCCGAAAUUUUUUGGCGAACUCUUGGUCGAACUGAAAAAUUAUGGUGGAUCGUCUAUAACUGACAGAAGAGAUGGGUAA